AUGGACUCUAGGAAACUGGUGCUCUGGAUGAGCGAGGAGUGUUUCGGCACCGGAGAGGGAGGAGUGCUCAGGGAGGUGCGGGGCACGGGCAGCGUAUCAGGGAGCAAGGAGGAGACGUCGGAGGCAACAGGUGGAGGAGGAGGACGCAGGCUGAACUUCUUCAGAGAUGUCCCCAAUUUCAGAGUGUUGGCCUGUGGAGGUGAUGGCACUGUUGGCUGGAUUCUGGAUUUUAUAGACAAAGCCAACCUGGAAAGGAACCCGCCUGUGUGUAUACUGCCUCUGGGAACAGGAAACGACCUGGCGAGAUGUCUGCGAUGGGGCGGAGGUUACGAGGGGGAGAGCCUGCUAAAGAUUCUGCGGGACAUUGAGAACAGCUCUGAGGUGAUGCUGGACCGCUGGAAGAUUGAUGUCACACCCACGGACAAGGAGGAGCGAGGAGACGUCGUGCCUUACAGCAUCAUCAACAACUACUUCUCCAUCGGAGUGGAUGCUUCCAUAGCACAUCGUUUCCAUGUGAUGAGGGAGAAACACCCGGAGAAGUUUAACAGCAGAACAAAGAACAAACUGUGGUACUUUGAGUUUGGAACUUCAGAGACAUUCUCCGCCACGUGUAAGAAGCUCCACGACUUUUUGGAGGUCGAGUGUGACGGCGUUACCCUGGACCUCAGCACCAUCUCCCUGGAAGGCAUUGCGAUUCUGAACAUUCCCAGCAUGCACGGCGGCUCCAACCUCUGGGGUGAGAGCAAGAAGAGGAGGGGACACCGGAAGGGAGGCAAAAAAGGCCAAGAGAAGAGGACCCCACUGCUCGAUCCCAAGGAGCUCAUGUUUGCUGUUCAAGGUAACGAAUAUACACACAUGAACUACACCAGGGACAAAGUACUAGGUGUAAAAGUAACUAGGUGUAAUACAUUGUUUCCCAAAGACUGGGUUACUUUCAUAGGGUACAUCCUAGGGCAGGGGUCCGGGAAGCGGUCACUUGGUACUGGGCCAGAUUGGGACAACAUUAGACCGACACCGAUCCGGAGUAUCGGAUCGAGGAACCCCUUCUAA